GUUUUGUAGGAAACGUCGUCUGCUAACGUGAGUUUAAUAAAAUUAAAUAAAAUUCAAAUGGGAACUGAAAACAUAGAUUAUGUAUCAGGAGAUACACAAAAUAAGCCAUCACAGCAAGAACCUCUUCUACCAUUUACUUUAGAAAUUUUGAAGUUAAUAAAAGACUGUCAGCAACAACACGGUCUUCGACAUGGAGAUUAUCAGAGAUACAGAGGUUACUGCUCCAGGAGGAUUAGCAGAUUGCGUAAAGUACUCAAAAUUCCUCAAGGAGAUCGUCGACACUUUAAAAAACGAGACGUUACUGAAGCUCACAUAAUAAAUCCAAAAUCUGACGAUAGAUUUCUACACAUUCCUCUUAUACUAGCAGAGAGAAAUUGGGCAUAUGCAAUGCAAUUGAGACAAGAGGCCAAUACUGAACCUAGGAAGAAGUUUCAUUUAGUUCAGAAAAUGAGAAAAGCAUGUGUGUAUGCUCUACAGUUGGAUGAGCUGUGUAAGCAAGAUAGAUGUGAUGUUCGGACUAAGCUAGAAUCACAAGCAUAUCUUGCUUGGAUUCAAGGCUCUCUUCAAUUUGAGCUUCAACUUUGGCAGCAAGCUGCUGAAAAUUUGAAGAAAGCCCAGGUAAUCUAUGAAAAGAUAUCAUCUACACUGCCUGAAGAGGAGCAGCUACCUUAUAAACAAAGGGUUGAAGAAAUUAGUCCAAGUUUGAGAUAUUGUGCUUAUAAUAUCGGGGAUGAGAAAGCUGUAGAUCUCUUGGAACUACGUAGUCAGGGAGUAUUGGAGAACUUUGAUGCUCUUGUAUCCCAGAAUAAAGAAAAGAAUGAGGAUGUUCUGUAUGAGGUGAAAUGGUUUAACCUGAAAAUUCCAGUCAGAAUAGAAAGAAUACGAUUAUUUUUAGUCAGUAUUGAAGGUUUAAAUGAAUCUUUAAACCAUGCUGAGGAUAAUCAGGGAAAGAUUAAGAUUUUAGAGAAUCUAUUUAUUGAUUUGAGAGAUAUAAUUUCAUUGGCAAGGGAUAAUUCUAGGUCUGAUAAAUUGACAGCCAAGCAAACAAAGGAAUAUCAGCAGCUGAUUGCUUAUCUGUUGUCUAUACGUAUUGAACGUACUUCCCAGAGGAAUGUUCUGCUAAUUUUACAGACAAGAAAACCACAAGAUUGUGUCCGUCUUUUAGAUAUCAACAUCCAACAGACUAACGAAUUAUCACAGAAUGACAUAAUAAAGGGCAAUACGAAUGCACAAAAAUACUACGAGUCCCAAAUCGCAGCAUAUAAAACUCUUAGAUAUUAUUAUCUAGCGAAAUCGCAAGGGGCUCAAAAACGUUGGAAAGAAGCUGCUGUUCUCUUGGAUACUGCCUACAAUUCUGCACAAGUGUUAAAACAAGGUAAAUUCGAAUUGGAAGUUAAAGAAAUUUUACAAAGGAUUGAAGACAAAUCACAAAUUGACAUCGCAACGGCUAAAGCUAACAUGAUAUUGGAUCAGAAACAAGAUGAAUCAACGAUACAGUUUCCACAAAGCCAAAAAACUUACAAAAGCAAGAAACCGUUAGUCGAAAGGUUGGAUGAGUUUAGGGAAGAUCCGCAGUUAUUGUCCAAAAAUCCCAAUCUUGUUACUCUGCCACCCGCUAUGGAACCAGUGCCAGCAAAACCAUUAUUCUUCGAUUUGGCUUUGAAUUUCGCCGAAUUUCCCGAUCUUUCUGAGAAGUUGGAUGAUGGAAAACCCAAACAGAAACAGGGAGCUGGUAUUUCUGGUUUCGUUAAAGGACUUUGGGGAUGGGGAAAAUAGGAAAUUAGUUAAUACAGAUGGUUUUAUAAGAUUUUCACAUUGUUUAAUAAAUUUAAUAUUACCUA